GCCGUGUCCCACCAAGCGAGCGAGUGAACGCAGCGGCUUCUUUCUGUUGUAGAUAAGCGAGGUGUUGUUAGUGAUUGGUGAUCUGUGGUGGACACGGCUGGAGAAAUCGUAUUGAGAUGGGGUUUAGGCUGCUUUUAGGAGUUGCCUGGUUAUGCGCGGUGUUCCCGGCUGGCUUGGUCGCUCAGGACUUGUCUGGUAACUUUGUGACCGAGUGCCGGGAUCGGUACUUCUGGAUGUCAACCAAUGGCAAGUUUGCCGGCGGUAACUUUCGCUUUGACGUCAUCGAUAGAAGCGGGGUUUACCCGCUGAAUGACAGCUACGCAGCGGCGUGCGGGUUUACGUAUUCCUUCAACCUUCCCGGAGACUUGAUCUUCAGAGCGUCGUUCUUGGCCUGUCACGUGGAGAGCGUGAAUGACGUCUCCUAUGCGCUCCAGUACCACUUCGUGAGACUGGACUCUCUGGGCAGAGAGACGGUCUACCCCUUCUCCCUGUCCUGCAGCAUGGAGAGCCCCUGGAACCCCCGUGAGAUCGUCUGUGAGGAUAACUACAUGGAGGUGUCUGUUAGGAAGAAUGUCCCGGUCAUCGCUCAGGAAGGACUGGAGAAGGAGGACUGGGAAGCGGCUAUCUCCAUAGCCCAGGGAGCGGUGAUGUCCGUGUGGCAGGUGGUGUUCCACCAGACCGGGAUGCCCCCCAAAAUCAUGACCGCCGAGGACGCCCGUACCGCAGGAUACCUCGUCAACUCCACGUCCAACCGCAUCAUCUUCAGAUCGCCCUACGGCAUGCCCAUGUCCGAGGUGCUCCUGGUAUCGGGGAUCCCUGUGGAAGCCAUCAGAGCCACUGUGUUCUAUAAGCAGAGGUGGAUGCUGCUAUUGGUGGACACUUCAGCUGCCUGCGCCAAGAACCCCUCUGUUUUCGAUGGCACCUACCUGAGCUGGGUCACCCCGAGGCUCAUCACCCCGCUGGUCCUGCAUCCCACCAAGUUCCUGGAUAAACGGAUCACGAUGGGGGUGGAGGGGAGGGCCCUGGAUGAGGUCGCUGCUACCAGCAGGGGGUACCAGCUGCUAGUCAACCGCACUGCAGUGGAAAUCUGCAUUCCCUUCGGAGCUGUGGGGGGGUAUCGCAAGAGUCAUGUGAUUGAUAACAAGUACAACCAGGUGUAUGAGAUUGACCUUUUCCUGGAGCACCAAUGGGCUGACGACCUGUGGGAGGUGACCCAGCACCGCUCCUUCAAGCCAGCCCGCUCCCCCUACCUCCCUGAGACCCCUUAUGUGGUGAACAACACCGUCCCGAGUGAGAAGGGCUUCACGGUGACCCUUGGUAACUUCAAGCCGGAUGUUGAGCUGAAGAACCUGACCCUCAACGGGGUUCCUCUGACCCUUCCCGAGGCCCAGAACAGAGGCGUGAAGAUCAACGAGGUCCAGCACCCCAACGGCACCAAGGACUUCGUCCUGAAGGUCCCUUUCAACAACCCGCUGGUCUCUGUAGAGUACAUUGGGGCUCUCAUCAGGAGGUACACCUUGAACAUCAACUACACCUUGAACAUUGUCCCCCAGAAUGAGCCGUAUUUUCACCCGGCUGCUAUUGUGUGUGAUGUGAAGGAUGUUAAUCUUCCUGAUGUCAAAAGCUUUUGUACAAACCGCAGCGUGGUUUUCGAAGUGACCCCGGGCAACAUGGACUCCAGCUGGGAGCUGUGCAUUGGGAGCCGCCCUCUACCCUACACCAUCGUUGAGCCCAAGAUCACCAUCGAGUUGCCACUCUUUAGCAUUGGCUACAUCUAUGAGUCCAUCUGGCUGCAUGGAAGCUGGGUGUGAAGAGCUAGCUUGAGGUAGGGUUAGGACAAGGAGGCGAAUGACACUGCUGUAGUCCAGCUUGAAGUGGACGAUGUUAUUGGGGUAGCAUGGUGUUGCCUUGAUUCAUUCUUCUCCUCCCCUGCCACAGUGUGCUUUCCUAACGGAGUGGUGACGGUGGUGGCUGUGACCAUGGAGCCCAUACCAUUAGUGGAUCCCAGCAAGACCACCCUGCUGGACAAGACCUGCAAACCCAAAGAGUUUGACUCGACCAGGGCUCUCUUCACCUUCGGGGUGAACACCUGUGGGACCAGGAGCCAGAUUGUGGGGAACUACCUGAUCUAUGAGAACGAGGUGCUGUAUACCAGAGCGCUUUUCCCACCCAAUGCUCCAGUCAUCACCAGAGACUCUGAAUACAGGCUGACGAUCCGCUGUCGCUACCCCCUCAACGACACCCUGACGCUGGCUGCUGAAAGGAAGGCGGUCCCUGCUCCAGCCCCCUACUCUGUGCAGGGGCUUGGGUCCCUGCACGUCCGGUCUUAUGACCCUAUGAGCAGAGCCAAGAGUCCCAGAGAUGUUCUGAAUCUGAAGGCUCGGCUAGCCAGGGAUGUGAGCUACUCCCAGUUCUACUCUGCGUUCCCUGUGUCCCAGUCUCUGCUGGAGCCCGUGUUUCUGCAGGUUGAGCUCCAGCAGCCCCAUAGCCAGACUGACCGCCUCAUCCUGCAGGACUGCUGGGCCACACUGACCCCUGAACUGGAUGCCAGCCCUCAAUGGGACCUGGUCACUGACCGCUGCCUGGUCACUGGAGACUCGUACAGGACCCACUUCCACCCAGUGCCGGCCAGCACUCUCACCAGGAGCUCCCCCCAGCUCCAGAGGCUUGAGGUGCGGGCACAGCAGUCUAGCAAGGACUCUGCCUUCUGGAGACAGGUGUAUUUCCAUUGCAUGGCUGUGGUUUGUGAUCCCAACCUGGAGGAUACCUGCAAUACGACUUGUGUGCCUGGAGCCCAGAGAUCUGCCCGUAGUGUGGAUCGAUACAGCCAGAUCAGAGGCUACAUUUCUGCCGGGCCGGUCCAAUUGGUACCAGAAGGACAAGUCUUGCACCUUCAAACAGCAGGUGACUCCCCCUUGGUUCCGGCGCUGGGCGUGGUGUCCGCUCUCCUCGGAGUUCUGCUCGUCAUUCUUGUUGCUGUCGGAUUCAGGAGAUGUUAAACUUGCUGUCUACCCCAAUAAAGAUUUUUGCAUCUCGA